AGAGAGAGAGAGAGAGAGAGACGAGGUCUGGCGUCUCCCGGUAGUAAAUCUAUCAGGUCUCGAGCACCAAAACUCGGAGAAACAGACGGAGAAGAGGGAGAAGAGGCCUCGCGGAAAUCUCCCUGUUACCUGGACCAGCAGCCGUGCGUGAAACCUUGGAUUAAAAGAAGGACGGAUGGUCGCGCGGACGGGCUGCGCGCUCUGAAGUUGGACAGACUACCGAGACACCGACAGCAGCGGCAGCAGCAGCAGCUUUUGUCUCCCCCACCUCCCCCGUGAACCCCGUGAAGGCAGCGGCGGCCCCGGGAGGCUGUGCCCGCGCACCCCGACUAUGAAGCUGCCCUGGCUACUGGCGCUCGCGGCGCUGCUCGCUCACACCGCCACGGGACAGACUUGGUCGCCAUCUAUCGAUGACGAAGGCUCGACGAGGGACGAGUUCUACGAUGAUGAGGACCUCUACUCGGGCUCUGGCUCUGGCCUUCCUGAGAUCAGUAUGAGGCCAACAUCAUCGGGUGUGUCCUUCACCACAGAAGAGCCCCUCCUCCUCUCCACCACCCAGGCCACUAGCCCCGCCCCCUCAGCCUCACCUGCAGCUGAGCCGAGCCCCAACCCAGAGGACCCCACCGCCACCCCGCUGCCCACAGAGGCCGAUGGAGAGAGCGGUGCAUUCUGGGACAGAGAGAGAGAGCUGGAGAAGGAAAGAGAAAGAGAGUUGGAGAGGGAGAGAGAGAAAGAGCAAGAGAGGGAGAGGGAGAGAGAGCGUGAGCGAGAGAGGGAACGUGAGAGAGAGCGAGAGAAAGAGAGAGAGAGACAGAGAGAGCGUGAGCUUGAAAGAGAGAGAGAGCUGGAGCGAAUCAGGGCUGCCGCCGCCGCCCAAACCACCGCUGCCCCACGCUCCCCCGCUGCCAUCCCAGUGGUGACCUCCAACCCAGCAACCAGCCCUGCAGAAAGUGCAGUGCCCUCUGCUGGAUCGGAUGACCUGAGCACCACAGAAGAAGAUGAGGACGUCUUCCUGUCACCUGAAGACACAACGUUGUUCCCAGGCUUCGGCAUGGAAACCACCACAGAGGAUGACACGGCCACCACAGCAGAGACCACCCUUGAGCCCACGACGGCUGCACCUACAACCACCGCUGCCACCACGGUCAAGACCAGGGUUCCCUUCAGGCCUAGGGUUCCCAUGACAACAGCAACUCAGGCGGCGCCAACAGAGAGAACUACCCGCCCACAGCAGCCCACGACCACACAGGAUGGUAACAACGAGGCGGGCGCUGCAGGACCGAGUGGAGAUUUCGAGAUCCGUGAUGAUCGGCGUAAUGACCUUGGCCGAGGUAUAAUGCCAGUGGAUCCUGAUCUGAUUGGUAACACAGUAGAUGGAGGAAGCUCUGCUGCCCAGCUGCCACAGAAGAACAUACUGGAGAGAAAAGAAGUCUUGAUAGCGGUGAUAGUGGGAGGAGUGGUGGGUGCCUUGUUUGCCGCCUUUCUGGUGAUGUUGCUGGUGUACAGGAUGAAGAAGAAGGACGAGGGCAGCUACACGCUGGAGGAACCCAAACAGGCAACCGUCACCUACCAGAAACCAGACAAGCAGGAGGAGUUUUACGCAUAACACUCGUAUACCAGAGAGACGCACCGCACGCCGAGGGAGAGAGAAAGAUCGAGAGAGAAAAGAGAGAAAGAUACUCUAAAGCUCUAAGCCCCUUCCUCCUCUUCCUCCUCCUCCUCUUCGCCGCCUCCCCCUCAUCUGCUCGCCUCUCCUCAUCCCUCUCUCCGAAACACUAAAGAGCGCCUCUCUCUCUGCGGACUUGGAACUUUCUUUUCAAUGAAAACGAAAAAAAAAGAGGACAAAAAAAAGAAAAAAAAAAUCCAAAUAUAUUCUGAAAAAAUAACACAUACACACCAGAUGUUUUUAAAGUAAAUGUUGUUAUUAAUAUUCUACAGAUUCUCUUGUUCUGUAUGUAAUGAUAUGAUUAUUUUGUAAGAAAAAAAAAGAAAACAAAACACAAGCUCUUAACCUGUGUUUUCCGGCACAAAGAGUUUCUCCUCUGUUUUUAUGGAGCGGAUAAAAAAGGCUAAAAAGAACGAGGAGAGGGGCGAGGCAAGCUGAGCGAGACAAAAGAAAAUGGGCUCGACUCUGGCCCCUCAGCCCCCCCCCCAAAAAAAACACACAGAACGUCUGGUUGGCCGCACAGAGCCCAGGGUCAAAGGUGAGAGGAAAGGUCUCUUUUGUGCCUUCCAUCCCUCUGGUGCUCAGAGACGCAUACACACAUCCAUACAGCCACAUGAACACACGCUUACAACACAUGCACAUGCACAUGUAUCUGCUCGAAGGUGGCUCUGACCUCUCUCUCUGUGCUCGGCCAACCAGAAAACAGCGCUCAUCUGUUGGUGUGUUUCCCAACGUGGAGGAGCCGCUGUGGAAACAUUGGCUGAUUCUUACACAGCCAAUCUGCUCCUCUAAGCUGUACAAAGACUAGUUACGGAUAGUAAUAAUAACCAAUAAUAUAUCAGUGUUUGGGCUGGAUGGUGAAAAAUGAUAAUAAUGAUUAAUAAUAAUAAUAAUAAUAAUACCGUAAUAAUGAUAAUAAUAAUAAUAAAAACUUAAACAGGAGGAUGUGUAUUUAGCAGUUUAAAAAAGUUUAUAUGUAAAUAUCAGCGUAUCCUUUCUGGCAUCACUAACCAUCUGCAUGAUCAUGAA